CCGAAAGUCCGAAACCCAAAUUACAAAAAGCGAAGAAUCUUGCAGAAGCAGAAGCAGCGACCCUUCGUUCAUUCAUAUAUUUCUUUCACACUUGAAAGCUUCCUAUUCUCAGAACUCACUCUUUCGGAAUUAUAAAAACCCGAAUCGAAAUCAAAUGUCGGUGACGCUGCACACUAACCUAGGAGACAUCAAAUGUGAAAUCUUCUGCGACGAGGUCCCCAAAACCUCUGAGAAUUUUUUAGCUCUAUGUGCAAGUGGUUACUAUGAUGGGACUAUAUUUCACCGCAACAUUAAAGGUUUUAUGAUUCAAGGUGGAGACCCAACUGGAACUGGCAAAGGAGGGACCAGUAUAUGGGGCAAGAAAUUUAAUGAUGAGAUAAGAGAAUCUCUGAAGCACAAUGCUAGGGGAAUAUUGUCAAUGGCUAACAGUGGUCCAAAUACUAAUGGAAGUCAGUUCUUCAUAGCCUAUGCAAAGCAGCCGCAUUUGAAUGGACUAUAUACUGUAUUUGGCAGAGUAAUACAUGGAUUUGAAGUUCUUGAUCUCAUGGAAAAGACUCAAACAGGUGCAGGGGAUCGACCACUUGCAGAGAUAAGGCUCAAUCGUGUAACAAUCCAUGCUAAUCCGCUUGCUGGUUAGACUUGUCUCAACAGUUGUUUACGUAAAAUUUUAAGUUCCUUUUCCAAACUUUGAUCUAACGUAAAGGUGAGGAAAAAGGGAAUUCUUACAUACUGAUUUGAGCGCUUGUACUUCUGAUUCAGAGAAGCAUUUUGAUAUAGUAGUAAAAUGUACAUUGAAUUAACAUAUUUGUGAGAUAUGCAUGGAACACGAUAGGUACAUUUUAAUGGAUACUGAUUUGAGCACUAGUACUUCUGAUUCAGAGAAGCAUUUUGAUAUAGUAGUAAAAUGUAUGUUGAAUUAACAUAUUUGUGAGAUCUGCAUGGAACACGAUAGGUACAUUUUAAUGGAUUAGUUUAAGUGCUGAAAUUUUAAUGUCAGAGAUCUUGGUAUCUUGCCAUCUUGGCGUCAGUGUUGUGAUUUUCUUAAAGGCCAAGCAUAGUAUCCCGGCGUGGUAUGCCACAAGUAACAGCAGCUAGUUGAUGGAUAAGCCUGAUGAGCUUUCAUGUGGAACAGUACAUAAUCAAUGAUCUGAAAUGAAGCAAAAGGUAUAUCCUAGAAGAGGAGUCCAAGGAACAUGCUACUACAAAAGUAUCAAAAUGAAUCAUCAGGUUAAGAGUGAGAAUCAUUAAUUUUGGGAUUCACAUAUUUUUGUGAAUUUUAAUAAAUUUUAACUAAACUAGGAGAUUGAUAGAGAAUAUGUUGGUAUUUCUUUUUACUAGUAUAUGUUCAGCCAAGCAUGUAUAGUGUAUAGAAGAAAGGUUCGGUAUUUUGAGUUGUACACGUUCCAGUUG